AGGGAUCGUGGUCCCCCCGCUAAUGUGCGGAUGGAGACUUCAGACAUGGCUCUGGAGCAUGAGCCACAGAGGCCGUUAAAAGACACAAACCCAAUGUCUUGGAGCCAGGAGCCUAGAGGAAAGGGGCUGAAUCCGGAGCUGGGCUCCGGACACCUCGGGCGGAGGAGUAGGGAGUCCCCGGGGCGGUGCCCCCGGCGCAGGUGUGGCGGCGGGCGGGUAAAGUCACGUGGUGAGACCGCGCGUGCGCCAGUGUCAGGGGCCGGGCCCGGGGAAAGACGCGGCCGCCGCUUUGCGGCACCGGCUCUCCUCCGCAAUGUCCGCUGGUCGGCCGCGCGCGGAGGUGCUUCUUACAGAAAGGGGUUGCAGGAGACAGCUGCACUUCUGUUUCAACGAAACUUGAAAACAAAGGCGGAAAACAACAUGGAGUGCAAUAGUGUGGUUGAUGGAAACGUCAAAGAAGUUACCAGUAAGAAGGUAAUUAAGUUUAAUCCUCCAUUAUACAAACAACGUUACCAAUUCGUUAAAAAUUUAGUGGAGCAACAUCAACCCAAGAAGGUUGCAGACUUGGGGUGUGGUGAUGUUUGCCUCUUAGCGAUCUUAAAAUACCAAAAGUGCAUUGAAGAGCUUGUUGGAGUAGAUAUCAAUGAGGGGAGACUUAAGUGGAGUGGGUCAAGGCUGUCCCCAUGUGUAGGGGAUCAUCUGGAUCCCCGAGAGCUGGAUUUAGCGAUUACCUUGUAUCAUGGCUCUGUUUUAGAGAAAGACUGUCGUUUGCUCGGAUUUGACUUGGCAGCAUGUAUUGAAUUAAUAGAACAUUUUGAUUCAGAAGAUCUGGCGAAGUUUCCUGAAGUUGUCUUUGGGUACAUGUCUCCAGCCAUGAUUGUCAUCAGCACACCAAACUCUGAAUUCAAUUCCCUGUUUCCUUGUGCAGUCUUUAGAGAUUCAGAUCACAAAUUUGAGUGGAGCAGAGUGCAGUUUCAGACCUGGGCUUUAGAUGUGGCCAGUCGCUACAGUUACUCGGUGGAGUUUACUGGUGUGGGGGAACCACCCACAGGAGCUGAGGAUGUUGGCUAUUGUACCCAGAUAGGAGUCUUCCGGAAAAAAGCAGAAGCAGCUGGAUUGGCUGAUUUGGAGCAUCAUGGUGAACAUGUUUAUGAAGUUGUUUAUACAACCUCAUACCCAAGUUUACAGCAGAUAAAUUACCGUAGACGUGUGGUGAUUUAUCUAGUGUACCGAGAAGUGAGCAGAUUGAGACAGAAAUACCAAGUGGGUUUGAGACAGCAUGAAUUGGAGCCUGAGUUCGUAGACCCUGGCAACCAGACAGGAAAAUUCACCCCAGACCUUCCAGUUCCAGUACUCACUGAAGAUGACAAAGCCAUGGAGAUGGCUCCCCAACCUUUCUGUAUUGAAGAUAAGUUUUACGUACCCCUGCAAAGAAUCAUUGCUUAUCCCAGGCUGGGGCACUUAUGCGGUAAUGUAGAGAAGCUGAGAGAGUUCCUUGGUGACGUGAUUGAACUGAACUGUGAUGGUUCUGCGGUGAAGGUUGACUUGAACGAUUGUAGUGACUUUUGAGCCAUCCUUACUUCCUGAAAUUCAGGAUCUUCGCAAUAAUUGAGCUCAUUUAGAAUUUAAACAUUGUGCAGUCAUAAUUGAGGUAGCUUUUCAUUUUAAAAUCACCUAGCUUUUAUGGUUUUUGGUGUGUGUGUUGACUGUUGAUAUUAAAGAGUUUUAAAGAAAA